UCAGACGUGUGAAUAGAUUUAGGACAUCUGAAAAAAUUAUUCUAUUUUUUUGUUUUACUUGUACACUGACCUAGAUCUAUAUGUAUAAUGUAUAGCAAUAUAAAUAAAUAAAGCAAUUUUAUUCAAAUAAGGGAAAUGUUGCAUAGAUCUACUAAUAAUUUAGCCAUUAAAUACUUUCGAAAUGUUGCCGUAUUUGUUACCUUAGGCUUUGUUUUUUUAACAUGUGCUGAAGUAAACCAUGAAAAGGAAAAAUAUACCAAAGGUGCAAGAUGGCAUCACUAUAUAGAGUUGAUUAACCAAGCAGUCAAAGACUAUAAGGAUUGUUCAAAUGAAAACUGUUCAUGCUUUACUAGUGUACUCAAGGAUGACUUUGCUGUUUGGAUUAAAAAAGGUGGAAUCACUAAAGAUGAUCUGAAAGCUGCCCACAGCUUUGGUGUCAACUACCAAAUUCUCAGCCACAAACUGUUUAGACAAGAAGAAUGCAUGUUUCCAUUUAGGUGUAGCGGAGUGGAGCAUUUCCUAUUAGAAAUUAUUGAUAAUCUUCCUGACAUGGACCUUGUUAUCAAUGUGAAGGAUUGGCCACAAGUUUAUCAUCACCAGGAACCUCUUCCAGUGUUUUCUUUUAGUAAAGUGGCUGAUGUCAAUUGGGAUAUCAUGUAUCCAGCCUGGACUUUUUGGGAAGGUGGUCCAGCAGUUUGGCCAAUUUAUCCAACAGGAUUGGGCCGAUGGGAUCUGCAGAGGGAUAUUAUAACCAGAGCUGCAGAGGCAUGGCCUUGGGACAAAAAGGAGGACAAAGCAUUUUUCAGAGGUUCCAGGACCAGCUCUGAGAGGGAUCCUCUUAUACUUCUGUCUAGAAAAGAGCCUGCUCUUGUGGAUGCUGCUUAUACCAAAAAUCAAGCUUGGAAGUCAAAUGAGGAUACAUUAUAUCAGCCUCCAGCUUCAGAAGUCAAAUUAGAAGAUCAUUGUAAAUACAGAUAUCUAUUUAAUUUUCGUGGUGUUGCUGCAAGUUUUCGACUCAAACAUUUGUUUCUCUGCAACUCGACUGUAUUUCAUGUAGGCAAUGAUUGGUUGGAAUUUUUCUAUCCUGCACUGAAACCGUGGGUCCAUUACAUUCCUGUCAAGUCUGAUCUCGCUAAUGUUAGAGAUUUGCUGCUAUUUGCUCAACAGAAUCAAGAUGUUAUGAAAAGUAUAGCCAAUAGAGGCAGACAGUUUAUCAUAGAUCAUCUACGCUUGGAAGAUGUCAGCUGCUAUUGGAAACAAAUUUUAUUAAAAUAUGCAGAAUUGUUGAAAGCCAAACCAGUCAAGAACAAGAGUUUUAAAGAGAUUAAAUCUACUUUAUAAUCUAAUGUGUAUCACUAAUAUUUAUCAUUGGUCGAAUGUUUUUGAAAGAAGAAAAAAAUUGUUGCCUAACUCUUUUAGAACUACUCAAAAGACAUGCCAUUUGUUUGUGAAAAUAUUUGGUUAAAAAUGAAAGAAGGAAUUUCAAGCUUUAUGGAGACUAAAGGUACAUUAUCACUUGUUAAACCUUGUCUUAUCAAAGGUCUAGUAAUUAUAAAGUGCAUGCUCAGUCGUCAGAGAUCUCCCCACCUUCACCUAUUUCUUAGUCUGUUGAAAUGUAGGGCACCACUCAAGAUCUGUUGACUGUCUUUCUUCAUUCCUCUCUUGUCUUUUGCCUUGGAUGGAAUUUCUUUCAAUGACAAGCCUGUCCAUUCUUUAAUGUUAUAUUCUCAUUACUUCCUCUGUCUGCCUCUUCUUCUUUUUCCUGGUACUGUUUCCUGAGAGAAGGUCUUUGCAAGCCCUGAGGAACUUGUGAUAUGUUCAUAGAUUUUUUAUUAUUUCUAAAACAUUUCCUUACAUAUUUAUGUCACCUUAUUUGGCUGCUAGAUAACUUCAAGGGGCUAGCAAAUUUAGCUUUAGAAAUGCAAUUCAAAAAUAAUAAGCCAAUAUGGCACCACCGCUGACUCUUUGCCUUUUGAACUUGUAAUGUGAUUUUGUCUUCAUUUAUUGACUUACAUAAAUAAGGUCUGUGUACAAGGUUUGGGCUCAUAAACAUUUUUUAUUAGAAGGUUUAAAGGUUACAUAAUUUUGAUUGUAAUGUUCCUAUUUUUUUAUUACUUUGCAUUUACAAUGUGUGUGGCAGAUUGGUUGAAUGUGAAUAUGUGUCUACCAGUCAUAAGAUCUGCAUUUCAAAUUCCAAUAUAGGCAGGGAUUUUUAUUUAUUUAUAUUGUGUGUGUCUGUAAAUUUGAUUUUAGCCAAGUAGUAUAAAUAGAUCUAUUUAUAUGCAUGAGUACCUAACAGCAGUAACUAUUACUCCUCCCCCCCCCCACCCCCUUUCUAAAGACUAAGACUAAGACUAAGACUGCUUUAUUGAUCCUUACGGAAAUUUGUUGUGAUUACAAGGACUCGUUUCUCAUAUAAAGACAACACAACAGAAAAAUACACAUAAAUACAACAGACAACAUAAAGAGUUCAUUCAGCGACUACACACAGGUAUCUUGGUGCAUUUCAUGUUCCCUGAUCAAUGAGUGGCGGUGAUAGAGUCUGACCGAGUGAGGUACGAACGAGUUUUUGUACCGCUCCGUUCUUGUUUUGAUUGACAGCAGUCGCCCACUUCGCGACGACCUGGCGUAGUUCUGAUGGAGCGGGUGGCCGUUGUCUUCCAAGAUUUUUUCGAUUUUUCUUAGGCACGUUUGUUCAAAAAGUUCCUUUAAAUGUGGUAAUGUUGUGAGUGUAAUUUUUGAUGCUUUUUUAAUGAUGUUUUCUAGACGUUGCAACAGUUUAGAUGAGGCGUUGCCUUGCCAACAACUUAUUCCGUAUGUUAGCAGAUUUUGUACUGUCGCGCCGUAAAAUGUCUCAAGGAUCUUCUUGUUUAAUUUAAAACUGUUGAGUUUGUAUAGAAAAAAGAGUCGCUGGGCUGUUUUCUUUGUCAGAGUUCCAAGGUGGUCUUCCCAUGAAAGCUUGUUGUUGAUGAUAAUGCCUAGAUAUUUAUAUGCCUUUACUUGUUCUAUAGAUGUAGUGUUUAUUUGCAGUUCACGUAUAGUGAAAUAUGUGAGUGCUAAAUAUAUUAUCACUGGGAAAGAUAAAGCUAAUUUUAAAUCUGUAUUCUUUGGUCUAAAGAUUAGUUCCUCCCAGUUGUGUCAUGUAUGCUAUGCCAUGAGUGAUGAUAAAUGUCAAUAAUUACAGUUAUAUUGUAGAAUUUCAAGUGCUAAUAUACAUAGAGAAAGCAAAUUUUUCAAGCCAAUAUCUACAUGUAAAAAAAAGGCUCAUAAAGUUUGAGUUUCUGUUUCUUAACUCGCUGUGUAAGAUCCUGCCAAUCACAAUUUCAUGCAAAAAUAGCAUAGACUGGAUGGGUAUGACUUGCUGAUGGUCUUAUUGCAGUGUUUGUUUAUAUCCCCAAUGUGUUCAUAUUUAUGUUACUGAAUUUUUGAGCUACUUUAAUGUCAAAGUUGAUGUGGGGGGAGAGGAAAGAUGAUUCGAAUUGUCUUAACUCUUUUCUUUCUCUCCGUAAUUAUUUUUCCACGUUUCGACGGAAUUCUUCAUUUUGCUAAUUACUAUUUCACUAUCCUGUUAUGAUUAAGCUUCAAUAGCUUUGGCAUUUUUAUUACAAAAUGUUUUAUUUAGUAUAGAAUUAGAGUGGAAUGCAUGCUCUUUGAAUAUAAAACAAAAUAAAGUUUAUAACAUUAAUUAAUUAAUUUAAUUUAAUGAGGUCAAAUCAACAAUGGUAUCGUCAAUUAGGAGAGAAAGAGUUAAACAAUGAGUGAAAAAAAAAAUACAAAUUUACAAAUCUAUAUACAAUAUAUAGUGUUUUUAGUUAAUAUAAUUUUAGAAGUAAUGGAUGGAAUUAAAUUCUGAAAACCUUAUUAUACAUUAAAUGUAACAUUUGACUUUGUCUUUAUUAAUGUUGAUGCUCAGAUCUUUUACAAGUUAUAUUGUGUAGGCUAUAAUGGGUUUGGAUGCCACACUGCCAGCAAUGCACUAUCACCAUGCUUUUUGUUUUGUAUUUACAAGGCAAUGAACUGCAAUAAAUUAACAAAACCUUUCAA